AGACCUCAUACAAUAUGGCACCAAAGAAGGUUGUUGUGCUAAUUUCUGGAUCAGGUAGUAACCUUCAAGCAAUAUUGGAUGCAAUACUGCAAAAAGAAGGCAAAUUAAACGGACUUGCAGAAGUCACACAAGUUAUCUCAAACCGAAAAGCAGCAUACGGUCUUACAAGAGCACAAAAUGUUGGAAUACCAACGGCCGUCUUGAGCUUAAAGACAUGGCAAGGAAAGAAUGCCGGAAAAUCAAGACAAGAUUAUGAUGCCGUUUUGGCAAAAGCUGUUUUGGCUGGAGGGGAAGGUAAAUCGGCAGAAUCGAUCAAAGAACAACAAGAAUCAACAUCUUCUUCUUCCUCACAAACAUAUACCAAACCGGAUCUUAUCAUCUUGGCUGGGUUCAUGCAUAUCGUAUCACCUGAGUUCCUCGCAGUCUUGGAUGGCGUCCCUUGCAUCAACCUGCAUCCAGCACUUCCAGGACAAUUUGACGGAAUCGAAGCGAUCAAACGAGCACAUGAUGCAUUUGCCGCGGGAGAAUUGAAGGAUGGAAAGACGGGUGUGAUGGUACAUGAAGUGAUCGCAGAAGUGGAUAGAGGAGCGCCAAUUGUAGUACAAGAAGUUGAAUGUCGUAAAGGGGAAACGUUGGAAGAACUUGAAGGAAGGAUACAUGAGGUAGAACAUAAAAUUAUUGUAGAUGCAACACACAAAAUCCUGACACGGUGAUUGUAUGGAAGCAAUGAAAUGUGUCAAAGAGCUCGG